AAGAAAAUCCACCCCCAAAAUCUCCCUGGCGGACGGCCGAAGCUGCCGCUGCUGCUUGUCGGUGCCGUGGCAGGCAUCGUCGCCGGCGCGGGGGAUUCGGUUCGGACGAGGAAGUAGUGGCACGGCGCCGGGGAUGGAGUGGGAAAAGCGGAGAGCCGGCGGGGGCGGCGGCGGCGACGCUGGUGACUCUGGCGACCGCGAGCAUGGAGCAACUUACUCACGGUGAGCGACUGCUGUUAGAUGACUACUUAAUUUAUCCGAAUUAGCGCAUAAAGGAAACCAAUUGCUUUCUUGCCAUGGCCGCCAUUGCUUUGCUUUGCCGGCCACUCAAGGAAGGAACCAGCUGCUCUUCCCCCCACCUAAAGGAAAAGAAGCGGAAUAAUGGCUUUCUUGCCAAGGAGCCCAAGCUAAGUACCCCCACCUAACCAACCUAAGUACACACACGCACACACAUUGUUGAUUAACCAAUCUAUAGCCUGAGCCUGAGAACAAGAAACACAAACCAUGGCCAUUGUACUCGAUGCCUUCGCGUCCUAUGUCGCUGACAUGCUCAAGCAGGUGGUGGAGGACGAGGUGGGGAUGCUGCUCGGCGUCACCGGCCAGAUCGACAAGAUGGGCGCCAAGCUUGGGGACCUCAAGAAGUUCCUGGCCGACGCCGAGAGGAGACGCAUCACCGACACCAGCGUGCAGGGCUGGGUGACCGAGCUCAAGCGCGCCAUGUACGACGCCACCGACAUCCUCGACAUCUGCCAGCUCAAGGCCAUGGAUCACCAUGCAGCAUCACGCAUGGGGUGCUGCAACCCGUUGCUCUUCUGCUUGCGGAACCCCCUCUUCGCCCACGAAAUCGGCACCCGCAUCAGGGCGCUCAACCAGAAGCUCGACGCCAUCAAGGAGCGAAGCGCUGCCUUCGGCUUCGACCUUGCUUCGUACGAGGACUCUAGCAGCAAGGUGCGUUCCUCUCGAUUAUCUACCAGUCGCGAGACAUCGUGGGAGCUCGACCGGUCAGGUGUGGUCGGGGAGAAGAUCGAAGAAGACACAAGGGCACUGGUAGAAAUCAUGGUGAGAAGACCUGAGGCGGAAACCAGCAACGCAGACAACAACAGAGUCAUGGUUUUUGCCAUUGUGGGUGUUGGUGGGAUCGGCAAGACGACCCUCGCUCGGGAGGUCUUCAACGAUGAAGCCAUAAAUGCCAAUUUCGACAAGAAGAUAUGGUUGAGUGUCAACCAAGACUUCGACAAGGUUGAGCUUCUUAGGACAGCCAUCACUCUUGCCGGGGGAAAGCACCGUAGUGAAAAAGUGUUGGCAGUGCUUUGGCCAAUCCUUAGUGAUGCCUUGACAGGGAAGAAGAUAUUCCUGGUGAUGGAUGACGUGUGGAGCCAUGAAGCAUGGGGUGAUGUGCUUGAAACACCCCUUAAUGAUGUGGCCCGAGGUAGCCGAGUCCUCGUCACUACUAGAGAUACAAGAGUUGCCCGUGGGGUGAAAGCUGUGCUCCCCUACCACCACAUCGACAAAUUAGAUGAUGAAGAUGCCUGGUCAUUGCUUAGGAAACAGGUAAUUUCAAGUGAGACAGAUGGACCUGAAGUUGAUAUGCUUAAGGAUAUUGGAUUGCAAAUUGCUGUAAAAUGUGGUGGUUUGCCUCUUGCUGUCAAAGUAAUGGGAGGACUGUUGUGUCAGAAGGAUAAACAACACCAUGAAUGGAAUAUGGUUCUGAAUGAUUCUAUAUGGUCGGCAUCUGAAAUGCCCGAAGAGCUAAACUAUUCAAUAUAUUUAAGCUAUGAAGAUUUACCUCCUUCCAUCAAGCAGUGCUUUCUAUACUACUCCCUUCUCCCUAAAAGUGCUGCGUGGUCUAAAAAUGGCAGUAUUGGUAUGUGGAUUAGCGAAGGGUUUCUUCAUGGAACCUCUGCUGACUUGGAAGAAUUAGGAAGCAAGUACUAUAAGGAGCUGAUUCUGAGGAACCUUAUAGAGCCAGUUACAAUAUGGUCUGAUCAGCAAGUUUGCAGCAUGCAUGAUGUUGUUCGCUCAUUUGCUCAAUUUGUGGCUAGAGAUGAGGCACUAGCAGCUCACAGUGGAGAUACUGGUUUCAUUAGUAAACUUAGUGCACACAAGUUCCUUCGGCUGUCUAUGGAAAAAAAAGUAUCAGAAUCAGAUGGGUUGGGCUGGAGUUCCUUACAUGCACAGAAGACACUGAGAACACUAAUAUUAGUUGGCCCUAUAUCUAUGAAGCCUAGUGAUUCGAUUGUUGAUUUUCCCUGCCUACGAACUCUACAUACAGAAUCUAUAGAUGUUGCUGUAUUGGUUGAGUCUUUGGGGAAACUCAAGCACCUGAGGUACUUGUUAAUACAGAAAUCCAAUAUAUCUAGUUUGCCAGAUAACAUUGGAAAUAUGAAAUUUCUGCAGUUCAUUGGCCUUGUAGAAUGCCAACAAUUUGUGAAAGUUCCACAUAGCAUUUUGAAGCUAGGGCAGCUGAGGUAUCUUAACUUUUAUGACUCUAGUGUAAAUAGUAUACCAAGGGGGUUCUGUGUUCUAACAAAUCUAAGGAAUCUGCGUGGGUUUCCAGCGCAGACAGAUGGUGUUUGGUGUAGUUUGGAUGAGUUAGGCCCUCUUUCUGAGCUCAGAUCUCUUGGAGUGCAGAGAUUGGAGAAUGUGUCCGUUACCUCGUCUGCGGCAAAGGCAAAGCUUGGUGAGAAAGUUCAUCUGACCCACUUGUUUUUAUACUGCAGCAGUAUAUUGGGAGAUGAUGGGCUGAUUAAAGAUGAAAAGGGUGUCUCUGAGGAAGAACAGCGACAAAUUGCGGGCGUGUUUGAUGAGCUCUGCCCUUCGCCUAGCUUAGAGUAUCUUGAUAUAAAUGGAUUUUUUGGCCGACGGCUCCCAAGGUGGAUGACGUCAAGAUCAGCAGCGGUCUUCAAGAGCUUGAGGAUUAUAUUGAUGUAUGAUCUAGCUUGUUGCACCCAACUACCCGAUGGCUUGUGCCAGCUCCCAUGUUUGCAGGAAAUUGACACCCGACGCGCUCCAGCCGUCAAGCGUGUUGGACCUGAAUUCCUACAGCCCCACUUAGCAACGGCUGCGUUUCCAAGAUUACAGAAGAUGUGUUUAGUUGAUAUGGUGGAAUGGGAGGAGUGGGAGUGGGAGGAGCAGGUGCAAGCCAUGCCUCUUUUGGAGGUGCUUGAGCUCGAAAAUUGCAGAUUGAGGUGUCUUCCUCCUGGCCUCGCCUCACAUGCGAGGGCUUUAAAGUCUAUAUCUGCACAAAAUAACCAGCACCUCAACUCACUAGAGAACUUUGCUUCUGUUGUUGAGCUGGAAGUGGCUAAAAGCCCCGACUUGGAGAGGAUCACUAAUCUUCCCAAUCUGCGGAAGCUUCAGAUCGAGGCUUGCCCAAAGCUGAAGGUACUGGAGGGUAUUUGUGUGCUCCAGAGGCUCGUAUUGGAGGAUUAUGCCAUGGAAACACUUCCUGAAUACAUGCGAGAUGUAAACCCAAGGCAUUUUGAGCUACGCUGCAGCCUGACGUUGCUCACUUCCAUAGCCGCGGGACAAUCUGGCCCUGAGUGGGAUAGGUUCAGUCAUAUCGACCAUGUCAAGGCGUAUGCACCUGAUGAGAACAAUACAAGGAAAUGGUACGUGUUGUACACGAGAGAGCCUUGCAGCUUGAUCACAAAUGUCAGCCACUCCACAUCUGCAGGGUAUGUAGAGGAGGACCAGGAAGUAGUUUCAUGAGUCCAUAGGUAUGAAGGGCAACAAGAAGUAGGCAGAAGAUUUCGGCAUUCUUUUGCAUGCAUCUUUCUGGGUUCUUGUGAAGGUGCAUCGAAAGAGACAGGUUGAAGGCAAGCAAGCUAGACGGGCCUUAUAACCAUCUUCACCUUGUUGGUUGGUCAUAUCAAGUGCGCUGCAGUGCGAUCCUCCUACAACAAAGACAAGCUCAUCAUUUACAAAACUCUGCGGCAAGACGAUGCCGGAUCAAAUUGCAACG